ACACACUGUCACUUGGCUCUGGAUAAUUCGCAAACUGAGAGGAGUGCCAAACAAUUCAGAGAGCACAUUCUCAAAUUUGGGAGUAUGAUCGUCGUAUGAAUGAGUGAGGCCUGUAGCAGUUGAUUCGCCAGUAAAAAAACGUUAUAGUUAAUAGUGAGAAGUUAAAUAAAAUGAGGAAUUCAGACUGUCGGGGAUCACAUUAGCUGCCAUACCGUGCUAGAGAUUCAGCCAGCUUGUGCAGAUAGCCAGAUAAGUACUUAAGUCAAAGUCGCAGCCAGCUCGAGGGGCGCUCUACAUCAACCGUGGCGAGCUGCCCCGCAACAGAUGGGUGUUGCGGUGCGUCAACUAAAUCAGCCCUUUAACGACAUUUAAUCGUUUUAAUUGGAAAUGAUGGUGAGUCAGUUGAUCUCAAGGCUUUGCGUAUUAUUCGGCGUUGCGCUCAAUAUUGAAGGCUCCAGGCUCCGCUUGGAGGAGAGUGCCCCGCGGAUCGUCCACCACCCCUCCGACGUGGUGGUGAAGGUGGGCCGACCCGCCACGCUGUCCUGCCGGGCCGAGGGCCACCCGGAGCCCGCCAUCGAGUGGCUCCACAACGGGGUGCCCCUGGAGACGGAGAGGCUGGAGGGCCAGGCGCGGCCCAUAAUGCUCUCUGAGGGCAGCCUCUUCUUCCUCAGCGUGCUGCCGGGGAGGCGGGGCCAGUCACACGAGGGCGUGUACACCUGCGUGGCCCGGAACAGCGCGGGCCGGGUCACCAGCCGUAACGCCUCGCUGCACAUCGCAGCUCUACAGAAUGAGUUCCGAGCCCAGCCGAGCGAUGCUGAGGUGACUCUGGGUGAGAUGGCUGUCAUGAAUUGCACCCCACCCACAGGCCACCCAGAGCCCAACGUCACGUGGCAGAAGGAUGGUGUGCUUCUCAACAGCACUGAUGAGCGCUACACUGUUUUCAAUGGGAAGUUGGUCAUUUCUCCGGCUCUGAAGAACGAUUCCGGCACGUAUGUGUGUGUGGCAUCCAACACUGUGGGGACCCGGGAAAGCAGAGCGGCUAGGCUGUCUGUUUUUGCCAGGCCGGUGUUGUCACGGAAACCCCUGGAUGUCACGGUGAGGGUGGGCGAGACGGCGUGGUUCUCCUGUGAGGCGCAGGGAGACCCCCUGCCUUCGGUGAAGUGGACCCGUGACCUGGGCUCCCUGCCCUAUGGGAGGUAUGAGGUGAACCCAGACCACAGCCUUCAGAUCCACUAUGUGACGGUGGAGGAUGCGGGGCAGUACACCUGCACGGCCGCCAGCGAAGCGGGAACGACCUCUGCUAGUGCCAGCCUGCAGGUGCAAGAGGCGCUGAGUGCCGGGCAGAAGGAGCUGCACACAGAGCUGUCAGCCAUGCGGGUGGAUCUGGAGAACGCCACCGCCCUGUUCCCCUCCUCUGAUCGGCUGCAGCUGCAGUGGAAGCUGCAGCCGUCCCACACCCAGCCGCAUCACCUGGACGGUUUUGAGGUUCUCUACCGCUCCCUUUUCCCCGCCAGCUCUGAUUGGGCGGCUCAGAGGGUGGCCUCGCCCGGUUCCCAGGCCGUGAUUGGCCCCCUGAAGAGGGGGUACAAGUACGAGCUGAAAGUCCGGCCCUAUGCCAUCGGCCUGUACGGCCGGGAGAGUAACACCAAGCACCUGCGGGUUCCUGAACUAGUCCCUAGCGCCCCUCCUCUGGGCAUCGCCGUGACGAUGGCUGCAGAGAGGAACGACACGAUCCAGGUGAGCUGGGAGCCACCCCCCCACGAGGCUCACAAUGGGAUCGUUCAGAGCUACCAGGUGUGGUGCGUACAGUCAGAGAGCCAGCAGUCACUCAACUGGACCGUGGGCGGGGGCACCCACAGCCUGGAGAUCAACGGUCUGGACCCGGGGAAGCAGUACUGGGUUACUGUGGCAGCAGCCAACGGAGCGGGCGUCGGUGUGCAGAGCAACCCUCACAGACUGAUCCUGGAGCCCCUGCAGGCUGUGGCCCCGGUUCGGAGCGAUUCGGCCGCCCUGGCGCAGGUCCUGACGGUGCUGCGGGACCCCGUGUUCAUCGGCAGCGUUGGCGCCCUCCUGUGGUGUGCGCUCAUGGUGACAGCUGUGUGCCUUUACCGCCGCCAUACCAGACCCCCCCACCUCAGACACAGCCACCGCAAAACUGCAGGCAUGUACAGACUGACGAGUGAGGACCUCAUCAUAAAGCACAGGAUGGCAGCCCCAGAUUCGCCCUGGAUGUCCGGAGUCUGGAGGUCAUCCCCAUUUAACGAGUCUCACCACAGCCUGUGGGCCCAGAGCAGAGAGAAUCCGGGAUUCAGGAGGACCACUCUGGCAGAUGGGUGGAAGAAGGACCCGAGCCCCCAGGAAACGGCCGUCCCCAUCGUGCCCGACAGCUGUGGCGUUUACGGCACGUUCUACGUGGACCUGACGGGGAACGGUCUGAAGACCUUUAACAGCCCUGCCCGAAGGCCCAGAGCGGGCCGUGGAGGCCUGCAGCUGGAAGCGGAGACCCCGCACCUCUCUCAGCCGCUGUUCAAAUCCGCCCUUGUCAGGGAGGGGCAGGCGCCGUGGAAACGGGCCCUCCCUGCCCAGCCCAACAUGGGUGUGCUCAAGGAGUCAUGGGAAAAAAAUUACAAACGCGACCUCCAAGCCGUGAACAGCGCCCCUCUGGCCCCGACGCGGCAGCAGUCUCUGGCCGUACAGAGCGUGCCCAGUGCGCGCGCCCAGCGCCUGGGCCAACGCCCGCCUGGCGGCUUCUCCGAGUGCGCCAAGCCGCUGGGCUCCCCCCGGCUCCUGCAUUACUCCGCCUCUCUGCACCUGAUUGACGUGCUCCCGACCCCGCCUCCUCUCCCUCUGGACGACACCCACAGCCUGAGCUCAGAGGAAGGGUCCAGCAAGUCCACCAAGCUGACCGUGGACGGGGGCUCCCUGCGGUCGAUGGGCACCGCGUCCGGCAUCCACGGCCCCCCGACCACAGCCGGCUGCCCCUCCUACAGCCGUCUGUCCACCGCCUCCUUCUGUCUGUCCGUGGACGACGAGCAGGACGCCGGUCUCACUGCCCAGGAGGUGGCGCAGUAUCUGGAGCUCAGUCCCAGGAUGGAGAGGCACAGGCUCCCGCCCGACAGCCCGGCCUCCAUGCCCCGGCCCUUCUCCCCGACGCCCACGUUCGGCUACAUCUGCGGCCCCCUGCCCUCCGACCUGGACGCAGAGGACAUGAUGGAGGAGGUGGAGGAGGGCCGGGGCCGGGGCCGGGGCCGGCUGAGGAGCACGCCCUCCUCCUGCGCCAGCGACUGGGAGGGCUCGCUGUGGAACGGCUGGGGCUCCGUCUCCGAGGACAACCUGCCCAGCGCCCGCACCAGCCUCAUCAGCUCCUCCGACGGCUCCUUCAUGAACGACGCCAACUUCGCCCGCGUGCUGGCGGUGGCCGCUGAGUCCAUGGGCGGAGCGCCGUUCUCAGACUUCUCCCCUCCUGCCUCCCCCCUGAGUGCGCUGUUCCCUCCCCGGGACUGUUUCGGAGAGCUGGACCCCCUGCCGGUUUGGGACUGGAGCACGGCCUGGGUGGAGGAGAUCGAGGCGCAGUACCGUUCCUCCAGAGGGCCUGGGGCUCCGCCGGGGAGAGACAGGGUCAGAGAAACCUGAGCCCCUCGCCACCGUGACAGGAGAGGAGCAGACAUCUGGGGAGGACAGGGCUGUCCACAAAAAUGCACUCCUGGUGAUUAUUACCCAGAAUCAUAACCAUAGAUCUGCCUGCCUAAGAGCUACACUUGUUGAACUACGCUUCCCACAAUACCUCAGGACAGCCUCUCUUCAAUCUAUUGUUCCCGCAGCUCAGUUGAGUCUCAGUUUGAAGGGAGGUGCGUGUCUAACUAGUAACAUUUGCUGUAAGAAAAGCAAGAACAACAAGUUGUGUUUGGGAAGUGAACUUGGAGAGGGUUUUGGUUUAUUAGAGACACUGUUUUAUCUGAUUAAUUAUAAUCUAUUCUUGGAUAUUUUAUUUCUGUGAAUAGGAGUAAUCAGAGUUAUACAGAGCCUGUAUUGCAUAUCCUUCUUUCAUCCCCUUACAACAGUGUAAAUAAAACUCUUAUUUAAUGUAUUGCAAAUAUUUACUUCUGUGAGCAGAUAUGAAGGCGGGCUCAGAUACUGCAGUACACACAAAGCACAGAUUUAGGGUACAUUAUCAGCUUGUCUGUGCCUGUUAGUGUGAGCUUGUGUGUAGCCCUUACUGCAUAGAGUAGUAUGAGUAAGCUGAUAUGUCAGCAAUAGAAAUAUUAAACUAGUUCAAUUUUAUAUAUUCUAUUUUUCUUCAUUCCAAGACAAUUGAAUAUGUUUACAGAAAAAAAAAACUAGAAAGAAGUCUAAUAUUAUGAAAUUAUAGUGAACAUGGGAAAAUGUGUAUAAAUGGAAAAUUAGUGAGAGGUGUAUUGAAUUUUUAAAGGUGUUUUUGCCAGGUUAGUUUGCGUCUCAGUAGAACUGGGCUAAUACUUGUUUUAUUUUUGGGUUUUUUACAUUUUUAAAAUGAACACAGAUAAAGUGUUGACGAUGAUUUGGAAUAAUAGCAAAUUUAUUUUGUUAAACUGUGAACUAACUACUGUUUAUUUGUAUUCUUCUCUGUGUGGCCUUACCACUGCAAAUAAAAUAUAUCUGUGACAUUCAA